CCAGUCGUCCGCCUGACAUUUUGCCGCAAAGCAAACUGAACCGAAACACGACGUAAAUCAAAGCAACGGUAACGACAACGAUGUAGUCGUUUAUCAUUCGGUUUUAAUUAUUAUACAUCUGUCGAUUCAGCGCGUGUUCUGGUAUGUUUGGCGUUAUUUUCUGAUUUCCUCGCCGCACCCUCCAUACUCGUUUCUUUAUUGUGGGCUCGGCGUCGGUUGUCUUGGAGCGGCAGGUGUAACGCUGUUUGAGUAACGGAGAAGCGACCCGCGCCGGUGUCACUAAAUUCCAAAGAAGCUUAAUUAAUUAUCUUAAAAUCGAAGUUAAAUCCGAUUAAUGCAAGAAGUAUCCUAAGUUAGCGCGAUACGGUUUAUUUCGGUGAACGGGGACGUCGCCAUGACGGGGGAGAAGAUCCGCGCCGUCCGGAAGGACCACAACAACAAACCGAACAAGAACGAGGAGAUCACGGACACGUACGACGAGACCUCGAACGGGACCAUCCCGAACGGCACCGGCAACCAUUGCAAGUCCAAUAAGGUUUUUCAGAAAGCUGCCAAAACCUCGACUCUACUACAACAACAACAACAACACAACGCGAACAACAUCAACGGAAACCCCUCCUCGGUGGACACCGGCGCCACCGACAGCAACAAGAACCCGAUCAUCAUCCUGAGCGGCGAGGACGUGGAGCUCGCGGUCCACGAGUGCGUGUUCAGGGGGGAUGUGCGCCUGCUCUCCUCUCUCAUCAGGACCCACAGCAUCACUCAGAAGGAUGUGCACGGGAACACACCUCUCCACCUGGCUGUGAUGAUGGGCCACAAAGAAUGCGCCCUCCUCCUGCUGGCCCACAACGCUCCCGUAAAGAUAAAGAACGCUCAGGGCUGGAGCCCCCUGGCCGAAGCCAUCAGCUACGGCGACCGGCAAAUGAUCACAGCGAUCCUGCGGAAGCUGAAGCAGCAGUCCAGGGAGACCGUGGAGGACAAGAGGCCGAAGUUACUGAACGCUCUCAAGGAGCUCGGGGACUUUUAUCUGGAGCUGCAUUGGGACUUUCAGAGCUGGGUGCCUUUGCUGUCCCGGAUGCUGCCGUCUGACGCCUGUAAAAUCUACAAGCAGGGGCUUAACAUCAGGCUCGACACCACUCUCAUCGACUUCACCGACAUGAAGUGUCAGCGCGGGGACCUCAGCUUCAUUUUCAACGGCGAGGCCGCGCCCUCCCAGUCCUUUGUGGUCCUGGACAACGAAGCCAAAGUGUACCAAAGAAUACACCACGAGGAGUCUGAGAUGGAGACCGAGGAGGAGGUGGACAUUCUGAUGAGCAGCGACGUCUACUCCGCCACGCUGUCCACCAAGUCCAUCUCCUUCUCACGCAGUCAGAUGGGCUGGCUGUUCCGAGAGGACAAGACGGAGCGGAUCGGCAACUUCCUGGCCGACUUCUACGCCGUGAACGGGCUGGUGCUGGAGUCCCGGAAGCGGCGCGAGCACCUGAGCGAGGAGGACGUCCUGAGGAACAAGGCCAUCAUGGAGAGCCUGAGCAAAGGCGGCAGCAUCAGCGAGCAGAACUUUGAGCCCGUGAGACGGCAGUCCCUCGCGGCGCCCGACCCCAGCACCGUGUCUUGGGAGGAGUACAUCGCGGCGGAGCACGGCAAGCCGCCUCACCUCGGCAGAGAGCUGGUGUGUAAAGAGAGCAAGAAGAACUUCAAAGCCAACGUGGCCAUGAGCCAGGACUUCCCUCUGGGCAUCGAGUCGUUGCUCAACGUGCUGGAGGUCAUCGCCCCGUUCAAGCACUUCAACAAACUCCGGGAGUUCGUGCAGAUGAAGCUUCCGCCGGGGUUCCCCGUCAAACUGGACAUCCCCGUCUUCCCCACCAUCACGGCCACCGUCACUUUUCAGGAAUUCCGCUACGACAAAUUCGAAGAGUCCACCUUCGUCAUCCCGGCCGAGUACAAAGAAGAUCCCAGCCGCUUCCCCGACCUCUGACCUGGCAACGCGAACCACAAGCAGCGUGUCUGUGUGAGGGGAAACACACAGGAGGAAGAGGAGGGAUCCUGUGUUGUUUUAUUCAUAUAUAUAUAUAUAUAUUAUCCAUUUAAGAAUGAAAAGGGAACUUGUUUUAUUGGAUCAGUUGUUAUUUGUUUGCGCCACCUCUCGUGUAGAUAUGCAUAUCGGCCGUUCAUCCGUCACCCGGGCGGUACGCCGAGCUGCCAGGAGACACAGCCUGGACUCUUCGUCAUCAUCAUCAUCACUAUUUUAUUAUCUGCUAUUAUCUUCUCGUCUCCGAGGACCGAUGACUGAACUCUCAUUCUGCACCGACGGCGUCAUCGGAAAAGACCCGCGGCUUAAUCAUCGUUCAUGAAUGAUGUUCUGAAUGUAGAUCUAUAAACUCUAAAGGAGCGACACGGUAGCAACACGUCUCGGCGCCAAUGUUUCUGAUCGGCAUCAAAAAACCAAACGGUUGGACGUCCCGCGUCUUCAGGUCUGCUCGCGUUACCUCUCUGCGUCACGUGAUCCCCUCGGACGUCAUGUGAUCCUCUCGGCCUUCAUGUGACCCUCGGUUGUCACGUGAUCCUCGUGACCGGACCGAGGGGUUUUGUUCUAUGUGCAUUAGUGUGUGUGGGAGAACCUCGGUGGGAUAUCAGGAAAAACUGUUAGUUUCAUAAUGCACUGAUGAUAUUUAGUAUAUAUAUAUUUAAGGCAUGCUAUGGCUGCGUUGGCGACUGGUUCACGUUCAUCUUUCAGCUGGUUUAAGGUUAAAAGGGGAAAAGCUGAACCGCCCCGUUUGUGCUUCUAAAGAUCUCGUUGAUCGUCGUCUGCGAAUCCUUCUUUUACUUUUCUGUGUAAACUAAACUGUGACAUUGAUACUGCUGGAUCUGUCCGGAGGGGAUCGCCUCUCGCUUCAGUUUACAUGUACUGCAACCAUACCUACUUCACUUCCCUUUAAAUAAAGCACCAGCAUCAUGUUUAAACCCA